GAUGCAGGUGUGGUGAGGCCCCCAUUGGAACGAGAGCCCCUCAAAGAAGAGAUACCCCUUAAGUGAUUAGUCAGGAGGCUCUCCUUUGGCUCAGCUGUGCUAUGAAGGAUGAGUGAUGGCUAAAAAUCGGAUUGAGACAAAAAAAAUAUGGAUGGAUGGAUAAAUGAAAGCCGGAGUGGAGAAAACCACACCCACCAGAAACGGUCUCUUGGCCCCGCCCAGUUUACAUUAAAAAAAAAAAAGAGAUGCAUCUGAAAAUCGGAGAGUUUGCGCCCCCAACGAUCCCUGCACGUUCGUCCCGUCUUGUCCAGUCCCGCUGGCCACCGGUAUCCCGCAUUUCUCCCCACGUCCACCGAUGCAGGAGUGCAGGCUUUUCUUGCGCUCCCAUUUUUCCCCCCUUUUACCUCGCAAACAAGGGGGGGGGCUGAAGAUUAAGCCCGCAUAAUCUCAGUGUGUUAAACAAUCAAGUGUGCGUCAUUUAAACGUCAGCGAGCCCCUCUGAAAGGUGCGCCGACACAAUUAAGAGCUGAAUGGGCUCCUUUGAGACGAUCCAAAGUUCCUCCCCUCAUGUCUCCCUCCGUUUCAAUUUCACUCCUGCUGCCCCGGCCAGAGAAAAGCCUUGCAAGUUGACGUCACGAUCUUAUACAAGAUAAGCCCCGAGGUUUAUUGUGACCGCAGUGAAUGAUUUACGGUAUAUAAAGAGAGCGGCUCCGCUCCUUCUUCCAGUGGGCGACCCCAGCGGCUACGGAAGAAAAGCUGACCGAACGAAGAAAGCUUGGUGCAGGCAACUUUAUGCCCCCUUAUUUUUCUUCUCUUUCCCGCGUUUGAUUUAUUGACAUUCUCUUCAAAACUCCAGCGGGAUAUUUAAGCAAGCACGAGGAGCGGCGCUAUGGAGGGGAUCGGCAAAGCUUAUGCCGGGGCAAAGAAUGGAAGCGCAUCUGCAGUCGGGAUGAAAGUUUAAAGACGGGGCGAACGGCGGGCGCCUACAUGCUGAAAGAAAGACAAGGUGGAAAAGCGAAAGAAAAAACCAACAACCAACCACAAACAUGGGCAUGCUAAGCGUGGACUUGCUGGUGACACUGCAGAUCCUCCCAGGCUUCUUCUCCAACUGCCUUUUCUUGGCCAUCUAUGAUUCGGUGGUCCUGGUCAAGCGCAUCGUGACUCUGCUGAGCUGUGCCGACGGCUCAGGUGCUCCCGGCGAGUGGCAGAGGAUGCUCACCUCGGCGGGUCUGCGCUCCAUCUGGAACAGCUUUCUCCUGGACGCAAACAAGCAGGUGAAACUGGGAAGUGAAGCACCCAACUCUAAAGUGGUUCACGUGUCUGGCUCUGGUGGCAGCAGAAGGAAAAAUAUAAAUAGCAAAGGACUCAUGGAAUGUCAGAUACUGGACUUUGAAACAUCAGACCGUCCUCUGAUUGUCAACUUUGGGUCUGCUACCUGACCCCCGUUCAUCAACCAGUUGCCUGCCUUCAGGCAGCUGGUUGAGGAGUUCUCCGAUGUGGCCGACUUUCUUUUAGUCUACAUUGAUGAGGCUCACCCAAUAGAUGGCUGGGCAGUCCCAGAAGUGGAAUGCAAUGCCUUCAAGAUAAGAAAGCACCGAAAUUUAGAGGAGCGCUGCCUAGCUGCCCAACAGUUGCUUGAGCGCUUUGCCUUGCCUCCACAGUGCCAUCUGGUGGCUGAUUGCAUGGACAACAAUGCAAACGUGUCCUACGGGGUGGCCUUUGAAAGGGUCUGCAUUGUGCAAGAGAAGAAAAUCGCCUAUCUAGGAGGCAAAGGACCUUUUUUUUAUAAUGUUAAGGAGGUCAGGUAUUGGCUAGAAAAGAGCUAUGGAAAACGGUAAAAAAAAAAAAAAAGCUGAUCUGUGCAUUCUCAGACUUGACAGAGGAACGAGAAGAUAAGAGUGCACUGCGGAGGGCAGUGCCAAAUACUUAAGUCAAACAGUGCUUAGAAAUGACGGGUCAAUAAUAGCUGAGAAAAUCUGUUACACAUUAACGACCCCACAGCUGGCGACGCAGGCCAGGUCAGAAUGUCGUGAUCUCAAACCGCAGCGAUGGAAAAAAAACGCUGAACUGUGCAAACAAAACGCAGCUCUUUCCAAAAAGACUUUUUCCUUUUUUUUUUUUUUUUAUCAUUUUUUUCUUUCGUUCUAGUUCAAACCUAUUCCAGCACCGACUGACUGAUCUGAAAUGAGAACACCCAGCACCAACUUUUAUAAGCCUAAUUUAUUUUUAUGAGAGAGAAGAGAAAAAUUAUAUAUUUUUGUGGUUUUUACACUCUUGUGAUGUGUAGUCUUGUAUUUUCAUGUGAAAGCUCUUGUUUCCUUAUUUAAAAAGAAGGCAGCCUUUUUUGUGUCUAACUUUAACGUACAGUUAGUUUUGUACGAAUGGUCAUUAUGUACUCCACCAAAGGCAUAAUUUGUAAUUCACUCUACCCGGGCAAGAAUAUAUGGAAUUUAUCCCCGUUAAUAUGUUAAGGAGCGCUGCUGUUGGGACGUUUUAGUUCUACCACUCCAUCCUUUAGCUUACCAAAUAUCAUGAGGCCUAAUUACAUUAUUCUCUUAAAAUUUCACACAAGAAAAGACAAUCCGACUGAGAAAGCCAAGAUCGAUCAUUUGCUAAUUUUGACAUUAUCAGGUCCUUAAAAAAGUACUCUGGUCACAUUCAUGUCUACGCUCUAUAUACAGGGUACCAUACGAUCACUACGUGGGGGUAUCCCUCGAACCUUAAAUAGUAAAGCAGGCUGCCCGUCAGUCCACCAUUAGCCUGGGCUGAUUUAGCCCUAAGAAUCAUUUCAUUUCAAUUAGUCUGACACCUAGGCUGCAUCCACACUGCUACGUUUUCCUUUAAAAUGAACGACUCCGUCCACCUGUGGUGGGCUGGCGCCCUGCCCAGGGUUUGUUUCCUGCGUUGUGCCCAGUGUUGGCUGGGAUUGGCUCCAGCAGACCCCCGUGACCCUGUAGUUAGAAUAUAGGAGGUUGGAUAAUGGAUGGAUGAACUCCAUCCACAGUGGUAUUGUCACAUCGUUUGUGAAAGUGUUGUCCAUCCUCACUAAAACAACCGAAAAUCUGACAUAUGCAUACAUACUCCACACGUAGGCAAACGUAUCAAGGGCGAAAUUUUUGAAGGGGUGGUAACACCUCCAGCCAUGGGAUGUAUCGCUAAUCUGUAGCGAUCGGUACGUUAUUUGCUGUUUGCACAUGUAUGAAACAUUCAAACUGUACGAAAUGCAAUGUAGAUACAGAUAAGCAGCACAAUAAGCAUCAUACAAAGCAACUCCUCUAUGCCCGCUAUCUUGGAAUAUGGUUUUCUUCCGUGAAGGGUGACCAAUCAGGGAAUGAAACGUUGCAAUGAGCAGGAUCCAAUCAGGGAAGGGCCACAUAACAAGCACAAGCAAAUCAAAGUGCGAUUCUAGUCUACAUUUUUUUUAAAGUGUGUGUUUUCUCCCGUCCACACUGCAACUCUGAGCCACCAUUUUCAUAAGUAUCUGGCUCUGGAGAGUGCUUUCAAAGGUCUCUGUUUUCGGGGGUUAAAAUUGCUGGGUUAGUUAGUGUGGACAAAAGGCAUAAGUGGAGUAAAAGAAUACGUGGUAGCAUGGGUGCUGUCAUACACAGCUCUAGUUGCCUGUACAGAACGUCAUACAAUUAGGUUGAUUAUAGGCCUCCGUUAACCUCACUGGGUCUUUAUAUACUAGUAAGAAUCAUUCCUUCCUUAUUAGUCCAUGACACAUACCCUGCUCAUCCCAUCCUAUCUAUAAGGGUAGGGCCAGUCAUUGACCUGAAUCACUGGGCCUUACAUUCUAGUAAGGAUUGUUCAGUCUCUAUUAAUCUUUAACAAACUCACACACACAACGUUCAGCAUAUGUUCAAUACCAUACAUUUUUAAUUGGACAGGAUACAAAUAAAAUAUUAACCUAAUUUAAUUAGCCCAUAACACAUACAGAGUAUUUCCAGAAUGUCGGACCGUUACCUUAUGGGCAGGAUAGAGGUGGACCUGUGGCCUACUUUAAUGUUUUGAGGAUUUAUGAUAAAGUGAGGAUUGUCCCAUCUUCAUUAGCCCAUAACACAUUCAGAUCUCAUGGAGCAUUUCCAGAACGUCAGAUGAAUGCUUUAUGGACAGGAUAGAGGUGGACCAGUGGCCUACUUUAACGAUCUAGUAAGGAUUGUCCCAUCAUCAAUUGCCCAUAACACAUAUAUUUUGAGUUAUGGAGUAUUUCCAGAAUGUCGGACCAUUACUUUAUGGGUACGAUACAGACCAGUUAUUGGCCUAAUUUAAUAUUUUUGAGUCUUGUAUUCUAGUAAGGAUCAUUCCAUCUGAACUAAUCAUUCUCAGUUUGUUCUGCAUAUAUUGAAUAUCCCCCACCAUUUUCUAAGUCUGCUUAAUCCUGAGUAGGGCUGUGGGAGGGCCAGAGCAAGCACACAUUCGCCCACCCAGCAUCGCCAGUCCACAUAAUCUGCAUGUCUUUGGUCUGUGACAAAGGGGGGCAUGCAAACUCCAGGCAGGGAGGACCUGAAAUGUGAACCCUGGUGUACUUACGGUGAGGUAGCAGCGCCAACACUGCGCCACCUAUACAGAAUAUUGGUAGAUUGAUUACUAGUCUACUUAACUUGUCUUAGGGUCUUGGAUGCUAGUUGUGAUUGUUUCGUCUCCAUUUGUCCAAAAGACACACAUGUACAUUGUGUAUUUAUAAAAUGGGCAGGACACAGAUCAAUAAUUGACCUAUUUUAGUCUUGUAUUCUAGUAAGGAUCAUUCCAUCUUCAUUAAUGUCUAACACACUGUCAGUAUGUGCUGUACUGUAUAUACAGAAUAUUCUAAGGCUAUUUAUUAUAUGAUCACACCAGCCUCUGUACAUAUCAUGGGGUCUUGAAUACUAGCCGUGAUCGUUACAUCUCUAUUAGUCAGUAACACAUACACAUCUCAAGGCGUAUUUACAGAAUGUCGCGAGGUUCUUCUAUGGGCAGGAUGCAGGGGUCAGUGAUUGGUCUACUUUCAUACUUUUCAUUCCUGACUUCUAGUAAGGAUCAUUUUAUGUCCAUUAAUCCUUAACACACACACCUCGUGCUGUACAUACUGAAUAUUGUACAGUGAUUAUGUUGGCAGAGCGUAGGUUGAACAUUAGCCUGCUUUGUUAUCUCAAAUUCCAAGUCAGCCCAUAACACCCCCACAUACCUUGUGCUAUGUAUUUAACAUAUUCUGUUCUUACAAGGGUGGGAUAUCGCCCUUCUUAUCAUUUUGCGAAUAACCAUUUUCAAAAUAGCCAUGUGAGUUCCAUCACCAGCAUUUGUUCUUUUGUGGCAAGUUGAAAAACAUUUGUCAAGUCGAUACCAUGCCAUUCCACGAUAAAAUUAAAAAAAAAAAAACUCUGACAAAUGCAGAUUACUGAAUAAAAUGAAUUUCUAGCCGUCCCCAUCAGUCUCUUGCAAAUCACUUAGAGCUCAUUCUCACAAACCACUUUUUAGCCAUUAGCAUACAAAUACACGGCAGUGACGGCAGUGAACCAUAAUGUGUCAGCCAUUCUGCUCAUAAUUGUCUGAGAAAAAAAGGCUUCAUAACUUCAACGUACGCGAGUAAGUGACUUACUGAGGUGCUAAAAUAAGUAGCAUAUUGCACUAUUGUUCUUGGGAAUGGGGAAGAUUUUUACAAUUUUAUUAUAAAGAUAGUUGAAGAAACCAAAAUGACACUGCAUUUAAUAAUAAUGAAAAAGAAAAAAAAAAUUGCUUAUAGCAUGGCGUCUCACGGCAGCCGAGCAGCGUUUCAGUUUCACAGAGCGCGGGGUGUAUGGAUGAAAAUCCCUGACGAAAGGGUUGUGCUACUCGGUCAGUGAUUAGAUGUAAUGACACCGCCGUCUCCAAACUGUGUCUUCUAUCUGCCUGGGCUUUAGGGCUACUUGAAGUCAUUUGCAGAGCCAAGCUCAGAGUUGCUGUACAAGGCUGCAGAGGCCAUGCUAAUUUUUUAAAUAAAAUCCAUAA